ACUGUUGACAUUCUGGCCUGCCAAACGAUAUGAGGUCGCACUAAGCAGUUUGAAGCCUAUAAUUUCCCUCUACUGUAAUGUCAUUGGGGGUUUAUUAUAUUCCCGGACAUCUUCCAAUGUAAUGGUGUGAUCGAAGCAGAUCUUAAGAUGCUGCUGUCUUUGGGGAUGCUGAUGCUGUCCGCCACACAGAUUUACACCAUCUUCACGGUUCAGAUCUUUGCCUUUCUCAAUCUUCUGCCCGUGGAGGCCGAUAUAUCAGCUUACUCCUUUGACAACAAGACGGAGAACUUUGAUGACUUGCCGGCUCGGUUUGGCUAUAGGCUGCCCAGCGAAGGACUGAAGGGUUUUCUGAUCGGGGCUCGUCCUGAAAACGCCUGUGUGCCGAUCGAGCCUCCACCACAGAGGGAAAACCUCAGCAGCGCCUUCAUCGUCCUCAUCAGACGCUUCGACUGCAACUUCGACAUCAAGGUCCUCCAUGCGCAGAAGGCCGGCUACAAGGCGGCGAUUGUCCACAAUGUGGACUCUGAUGACUUAAUCAGCAUGGGAUCCGAAGACCUGGAUAUCCUGAAGCAGAUAGACAUCCCUUCUGUGUUUAUCGGUGAAGAAGCGGCCAACUCUCUGAAAGAGGACUACAUCUAUGAGAAAGGGGGUCACGUGAUCCUCAUGCCGGACUUCAGUCUGCCUCUGGAAUAUUAUCUGAUCCCAUUCCUCAUCAUUGUGGGAAUCUGCCUCAUCCUCAUCGUAGUUUUCAUGAUCACAAAGUUCGUUCAGGAUCGACACAGAGCCCGGAGAAGCCGCUUGCGCAAGGACCAGCUGAAGAAACUCCCGAUCCACAAAUUCAAGAAAGGAGACUCGUAUGACGUGUGUGCCAUCUGUCUGGACGAGUAUGAAGAGGGCGAGCGGCUGCGGGUGCUGCCCUGCUCACACGCCUAUCACUGUAAGUGUGUGGACCCCUGGCUGACCAAAACCAAGAAGACCUGUCCGGUGUGCAAGCAGAAGGUCGUCCCAUCUGACGGCGACUCCGAGUCUGACUCUGAUUCGGUGGACAGCGGCGGCGAGGAUAACGAAGUGUCGGAAAACACUCCGCUACUGCGCUCUCUGGCAUCCACUAGCGCCCAUUCAUUCGGCAGCAUGUCGGCGUCACUAUCGCAACAUGACGCCGAAUCCUCCGAUUACGAUGAGCGUAGCGACUCCAGCGACAGCGAGGAAGAGGUCACCGUGGAGACUGUGGUGGUACAGCUGCAGCAGGGCCGACCUGACGACACAGAGGCUAACGCUUAAUGCUAACUCGGACUCUACAUGGAGAGGGCAGGACGUUCAUCCACACUCAGUUUAUUGCUAAACGUCUGUUUAACACACUGUGCAGCAGUACUCGAAAGAGCUUUUAAGUCAUGAGAGACCCAUACAACUAAUUAUGUGAGUUUUUUUACACGACUCUGCAAUUAUUGGAAGAGUUCUGAAGUAAAUUGUUACGCCAGUGUCGAUUGCAAAGAUAUUUUUGCUGAAUUGCAAAAUUUGGUGAUAUUUUGUUUUGCAGAAUUUCUUUACUCUUCCAGAACCGUUUCGGCGAACUUUUUAAAUCGCAGAAUUCAGCGAAUGUUUUGCAGAAUUACGCAGGUUUCCAUGUUAUACGAGUUAUAUGAAAAUUGAUGACCGCUGAAUUGUGAAAUUUGGUGACAGAAUUCUUGCAGAAUUACGUUUUACAUACAGUCAGUUUAACAGUUAUUCAAUUUGAAUUGUAAAAUUUGGUGAUCUUAUGAGCAUGAUUUGCAGAAUAAUUUUACUUUUUUCAGUUACACAACUUUCCAAAAUGUUGAUUGGUGAAUUUUUUUCGCCAAAUUCAACUCCAUUUUCUCUAACAAGUUUCAGUGGAAUUAUAUGAAAAUUAGCAAUUUCUGAGUUGUAAAAUUUGGUGAUGUAAAAAUCAUUUGCUAAAUUUCUUUCCAUCAGUUUCCAAAACGUUUUGGCAAAAAAAAAAAAAAAAA